GCAUAUUAGCUCCGCCGCUCCAGAACAAGCGGGCACAACCGUGGCAAAGACUAUUUCGAUUGGUUGGAAAGAGACAAGAGUAUGGGGAAAAGAGAGAGAGAGAGAGAGAGAGAGAGAGAGAGAGAAAGAGAGAGAGAGAGAUAAAUAGAGAAAGAAGGAGCGUUAGGCGGUCGAGUGGCGCGGUUUACUGAAAAGCUCUGCCCCGGCAGCAAAGGUGGGGCGCAGACGACGACGACUCAGGCGAUAUGGCGCGGUGAUGCUCUCGGCGAGGGGUAGUAGAAACGGUUGACACUGCGUGUGCUUUAUUUAACUUUUUUUUUUUCAUCAUCAUCAUUCGGUUCGCUAUACUUUUGGGGCACGUCAUGUUUUUGAUUCCGGUAUAAAGUGCUUAUCCGUCCGUUCGGUCUGGUUUAGUUUGUCACCGAAACUGAUCCUUCACACAUCGCUCGGGCCACGAUCGUGCGCAAACGUGUGGUGCGGUGUACAGACGGCACGUGUCCUUUACUUCGAGUCGGGUGUGUCGGCUUCUGUGUCCUGGAGACGUUUCGGUGCUGGCAAGUGUUGGCAGGUUGUAGUGAAGAAGUGUGCGAACGAUAGAACAUUUUAAGUUGAAAGAUAUUUCAGUGAAUUUUUAAUCUUUUUUUUUGCGGAAAAAGUGUUGCACGGUUGUGGUGUGUAAAGGAAUAGCAGUUGAAACAGGCAACAAUGAAGCAUCUACUGGCAGGACUCACCGUACUGUGCAUAGCGCUGGCAACGGUCCAGGCAGCGCGCAUCAAGAUCCCGGCCAAAAGCCGCAACGAUGAUCUGUUCUCCGAGGACGAGUUUACGUUCCCGGCCGAGGAUAACAAGGAUCCGACCAACUUCACCGGCAACGUGAUGAAGGCAUCGAUCGUGAUGGCGGAGGUGCGCAACCAAGGCAAGGGCAAGUUUAAGUACGCGGUAGAGACGGAGAACGGUAUCGAGAUCGAGCAGAUUGGAAAGCUGAAAAAUGAUUCCAAAACGUUCGUCGUGAUGGGCUCGUACACGUACACCGGUGCGAACGGCAAACGGUACCGGGUGCGCUACACUGCCGACGAGUUUGGCUACCAUCCGAUCACCGAGCUGGAUCUGGACAUUCCCGAGCUAAACCAAGUACAACCUACUCAGCGAACGAUCAGUCCGCUCAAGUUUACCACCCGACCGACUACGGCUCGGACAACCACCACGACGACGACUACCACCACGACCACCACCACCACCGAAAAGCCGGUCCUGCAGGAAGAUGGCUACCAUUACGAUCGCCCGGACAAUGCGUACCUGCCGCCGAACAACGAGUAUCUGCCACCGCCCCAGCCCGACAUCGACUAUCUGCCGCCGAAGGAGGACGGCCCGCGACAGUACGACGAGCCGGCCGAUCAGUUCCUGCCACCGAAGUAUGACCUGCGCAUCGGCGGGUUGGAGUGAGCGUUCCCAUCGGCGCUGCCGGGCCAGGCGCCCUGGGCAACAGGAACAGCUACGGACAGUACAACACGUGAGAUUAGCAAUGUACCAUAGGGUGUAGCAGUUAGUUGGAUGUAAGAGUUUAAGAGUCGUUAGACCUCAGUCAGGGAGAUACUCAGUCAGGCACAGCAGGAUUAAAGGGCGCUGAAUGUCGGCGUAGCACAUGUAGAGCACACAUGUCCAAUAAAUUCUACAGUACAAAUUCA